AUGAGACCUAGCAUUCGCCCACAGUUGUGGGUGCUCCAAAAUAUCUUGCGACAAACACUAGCUCCAUCGCGACAUUGUUCUCGUGUUCGACAUUCUUCAACAUCAACAACCUAUUCAACCCCACUUGCGAAGCAUCUCGCUGACGCCAUCAAGGCCAAUGGCCCAAUCUCACUCGCAGUAUACAUGCGACAAUGCCUCACAAACCCUGAAGGUGGCUACUACACAACCACCCGUACCGAAGGCCGUGAUCCGUUUGGCCGACGCGGGGACUUCAUCACGAGUCCGGAGAUAUCCCAGAUGUUUGGGGAAAUGAUUGGGAUCUGGAUUGUCGCCGAGUGGAUGGCUCAGGGAAAGAAAAAACAUAGUGUGCAGAUAGUGGAACUAGGUCCAGGGAGGGGCACGUUGAUGGAUGAUGUUCUUCGUACAUUGAACUCAUUCAAAUCCCUCCGUGAUGCAAUCAGCGAGAUAUACCUUAUUGAGGCAUCCGCGUCUCUUCGUGAGACCCAGCGGAAGCUCCUCUGCGGCGAAGCCACGUCCUUCGAAUCUAUCAAAAAGGGCGAGCGCUGCAUGAGCAAAUACGGCAUCCCUAUAGUCUGGUACGAAGACCUCAGCUUCGUCCCAACUAAAACCACUGCGACUCCCCCUACUUUAACAACUCCCUUCAUACUAGCCCACGAAUUCUUCGAUGCCCUUCCCAUCCAUGCUUUCACCUCGACUACCAACGGCUGGCGCGAGCUCCUCGUCCACCACCUCCCCCCACGUACAACCCAUGCCACGCUCCACACCCCGCGUUCCCAAUCCCUCGAACCAGUUCCCGAGUUCGCUCUCACAACGGCCAAAUCCCAGACACCACACUCGGCCAUCCUCCCAGAGCUCUCCCCCCGUUACAAGGCCCUCAAGAAGCAUGUCGACGCCACGAUAGAAAUUUCACCGGAAUCACUAACAAUAAUGGAGUCUAUCUCUACCCGUAUUGGAGACUCAAAGAGUGGGGCAGCACUGAUUAUAGACUAUGGCACGGAGUCCCACAUCCCCGUGCAUUCACUUAGGGGGAUCAGAGCGCACAGGACUGUGUCUCCGUUUAUCAACCCCGGAGAGGUUGAUCUGUCCGCCGAUGUGGACUUUAUGGCAUUGGCUGAGAGGGCAUUGGAUGCUAGCCCCGAUGUAGAGGUGCAUGGGCCUGUGCAACAAGGUACGUUCUUGGGUAUGAUGGGUAUGAAGGAAAGAAUGGGAGCUCUUACGGGGGUAUGA